AUGUCUCAUCUUUAUUCAUCCGACUCCGACAACUCCGACGACAGCCGCACUGCUACUCCGGGGGCCAACCGCGCAUCCAAUGCAGGCCCAGUUCGCCCCGCGAGCCAUCGCCGACGAGUCGCGGCAGCUACCUAUACGCCACCACUGAGAGGAUCGGUUGCGGCGGCAGCAGCUGCUGCUGCUAAUGUUGCGAGGGCACCAGCCACUUUGGGUGGACCCACUAGGCCGGCCAUUUUACCUGCAGUGCAGGCUGCUGCUGGCGUGGACCUCAACUUUCGGCGUCCAACUGUCUCACCGGCUGUGCCGGGUGGGCAGCAAUCAUGGCCACAAUCUGUUCGAAGGAUGACACACUUUGACGAACCUGUCAAUGACGAGUAUCUCGGCGAGAUUGAACAAUUUUUUCAGUUAUCGGGCGGAUAUGCAGAGGUUGGGGAGCAGCUCGCCUAUGUACCUCAACCCAGGCAAUAUGUUGUGACGAUUUAUAUCAUACUUGCAAUGCGUGAGGAGAUCGAUCGCUUGCGGCAGCAGGUAGCUGUACCACGAGGUGUAGCGGCAGCAGAGGCACCAGCAGCAGAUCAAGCGCGUAACUGGCAAUACGUUCCUGUAUUCACCCGCAGGGCCCACGAGCUAUUCUUGCUGACUCUGGUUCUAGAUCACAUCAAUGCUCAAAACAAUCAGUUCAAGAGAGAUUACCUGCCCCGCGGUUACCUGGAUGGCGAUCCGGCGGCAGUUUCGAGUCUUGAGAGCUUUGUGCGAAGAAAGCUGAGGCAUUGUCGGUGCAGGUUGAGAGACUUGCUUUUGUGCGCUAUUCAGCCAGGUCCAGGGAGGGGGGAUGUAACACACCCGGUGCCCAGUGUGUCAUCAUUGAUUGCUGAUAUGAGGACAAGCUUGAUUCCCCCCAAUGCGAAUCACCCAGAGGCGGCUGGCGGCGACGAUAGGGCCAAUCAAUCUCACCUCAAAGCGCGCAUUGCAUAUCUCCGGAUCCAUACCAUAACACAGUACGUUGGCAGGGGACCGGGGGACGCGGGGAGGCAGUGGAAGAACAUCAACAUGCAUCUGCUUGAAUUGCAGGGCAAAGGCCGCCUUUACCGUACAGCGUUUUAUCAGCUAGUCCUCUCGUAUGAUCAUGCUACCUUUGGGCAGCAAUUUUUCACAGAAAUGGACCCCGACUCAAUCAGGUUACCAACGGAGCAGGAGGUGGAGGAGCGGAUGCUGGCCAACGCCGCUGAUGACGCGCCUGUCGAGCAGGAAGCCGGCCUCGAUGGCUGA